GUCAGCGCUGCAUUUUUCCCGGAACGUCAGGAGUCCUGAUCCAGAGCUGAAAUUGCAGUAGCCGAGGCCAAGCGGCAGCUGAUGCUGAGUGGGCGGCUGGUCCCGCGCCUUGUCUCCAUGGCUGGCAGCGUCUGUUUGUCCCGGACCAGCGCGGGAUCCGGAACCAUCGGUCCGGUGGAGGCCGCCAUUCGCGCCAAGUUGGAGCAGGCCCUGAGUCCCGAGGUGCUGGAGCUUCGCAACGAGAGUGGCGGCCAUGCGGUCCCACCGGGCAGCGAGACGCAUUUCCAAGUGGCGGUGGUGAGCUCUUGUUUCGAGGGACUGAGCCCCUUGCAACGGCACAGGCUGGUACACGCGGCCCUGUCCGAGGAGCUGGCCGGGCCGGUCCAUGCGCUGGCCAUCCAGGCGCGGACCCCUGCCCAGUGGAGGGAGAACCCUCAGCUGGACUCCAGCCCUCCCUGCCUGGGUGGGAACAAGAAAACUCGAGGAACGCCCUGAACCCAAGAGAGGGAGGACCAGGAUCGACUGGGCUGGGUGAGAAUGAACUACUGAGGCCUUCCCCUCAAUAUAGUCCAGAAUUUGUAAGGGGCGAGGAUCCCUGGGCCCCAUUCUUUUGGAGUCCCUACGUAUUCUCCAGAAUAGCAGCUCGUUUCAGGUCAAAGAUAAACCAAGGAAAGAGCAGCGUCACUUACUACUGUUCUUGCCCAGUUGUUCCAUGUUAUUAAUAAAUUGUGACUAAGGAACUGCAUCAGACCUGAUGAAUUGGAAAUAAUUCUGUACA